AUGGAGAUGCUAAACCAUGUCCUCCUUGCAUUCAUCAUUAGCAGCAUUGCUUUUGCUAUUUUGGUUCCUGCCCAGCUUGAUCAAUCAGGUUUCGUUAGCUUGGAUUGUGGGCUUCCGGAAGAUUCGAACUAUACUGAAGCCACAACAGGCAUCGAUUACGUUUCAGAUGCAGCUUACGUGGAAACUGGCGUAGCUAAGAGUGUCUUACCAGAAUUCCAAACAGGAAUGCAGCGGCAAAUGUGGCAUGUUAGAAGCUUUCCUGAAGGGGACCGAAAUUGCUACAACCUUACCCUCACAAAGGGAGAUCAAUAUUUAAUUGUGGCGAGUUUCAUGUAUGGAAACUACGACGGAUUAAAUGAAGUGCCACAAUGUGAUCUGCAUUUGGGACCCAAUUUGUGGGGUACUGUCACAUUACAAAAUGCUUCCACCGCAAUAACCAUGGAUAUCAUUCAUGUCCUCCAAGCAAAUCAUUUGCAUGUUUGUCUGGUGAACACGGGAAAUGGGAUACCUUUCAUAUCAGCAUUAGAGUUUAGGCUUUUGAAAAAUACAACCUACAGAACUCAAACUGGAUCCCUGGAGCUCUUCACAAGGUAUGAUGUUGGCUCAACAACGGGAUCAACAUUCAGGUUUGAAGAAGAUGCUUAUGAUCGCAUUUGGUGGCCUUAUGAAAGAAAUGAUUGGACACAAAUAAGUACAUCUUCCACAGUUGGUUCUGAAGACGAUAAAUACCAACCACCAUCACUUGCCAUGAGGACUGCAGGCACACCAGUGAACGUUAGCCACUCCUUGGAUUUCUUCAUUGACUCCAGUUCUGUUCCCAACGCUCAGUUUUACCUUUUCAUGCACUUUGCUGAAGUUGAGAAGCUCCUGGCUAAUGAGUCUAGAGCAUUCAACAUCUCUUAUAAUGGCAAGCAUUGGUAUGGACCUCUCAGUCCUGCUUACUUGUCCUCAACCACUCUGUAUACUCAAUCAGCCUUGACUGGUGGACAGUACCAAUUUUCUAUCUACAAAACUGCUGAUUCAACCCAUCCACCAAUCCUUAACGCAAUUGAGAUUUAUAUGGUAAAAGAAUUCUUACAAUCUGAGACAAUCCAAAAAGAAGUUGAAGCAAUCUCAAACAUAAAAUCAAUUUAUGGAUUGAAAAGAAACUGGCAAGGAGAUCCAUGUGCUCCUCAAGCAUACUCUUGGGAGGGACUUAAUUGCAGCUAUGACGGUUACAAUUCACCUACAAUCAUAUCCUUAAACUUAUCCUCGAGCGGAUUGACAGGAGAGAUACCUCCUUACAUAGCCAAUCUCACUCAGUUACAACAUUUGGACUUAUCAAAUAAUAGUUUGACUGGAGCAGUGCCUGAGUUUCUAUCUCACUUGCAAUCCUUGACACUGCUAAACCUUAAAGAUAACAAGCUUAAUGGUACAGUUCCAGCUGGACUUAUUGAAAGGUCAAAGAAUGGCUUACUGUUAAGUGUUGAAGGAAAUUCAAACCUUUGUGCAUCACUUUCAUGUAAGAAGAAGAAGAAGAAGAAAACGGUUGUUGUUCCAAUUGCAGCAUCAGUUGCUUCAUUUGCUGUCCUCGUAAUUGCAUUUGCUACCUUAUGGAGGCUUAAAAGGAGAAAACCACCACUAGGUCCAAAUAUGGAUGAUGAAUACCAAAACUCAGCCCCGUCACCAGAGCCAAAGAAUAGGCAGUUCACGUUUUCUGAGGUGCAGAGAAUGACAAACAACUUUGAAAGAAUUCUUGGGAAAGGAGGAUUUGGAACAGUUUUCCAUGGCUACUUGGAUGACACUCAAGUAGCAGUAAAGAUGCUAUCUCAUUCAUCUGUUCAAGGCAAUAGGCAGUUUCAAGCUGAGGUCGAACUUCUUCUUAGAGUUCAUCAUAGAAACUUGACAAGCCUUAUCGGGUAUUGCAAAGAAGGCACCAACAUGGGCCUAAUAUAUGAGUACAUGGCCAAAGGAAACUUAGCAGAGCAUCUGUCAGAUAGAAGUAAUAGUAUCCUGAGUUGGGAAGGAAGACUCCAAACGGUACUGGAAGCAGCACAAGGAUUGGAGUAUUUGCACAAUGGUUGCCAACCAUCAAUAAUCCACAGAGAUAUGAAAUGCACAAACAUAUUAUUAAAUGAGAACUUACAAGCCAAAUUAGCUGAUUUUGGUCUAUCCAAGACUUUCCCAGUUGAAGGUGGCACUCAUGUAUCGGCAUCCAUUGCUGGUACCCCUGGCUACCUGGACCCCGAGUAUUACACAUCAAACAGGUUAACCAAAAAAAGUGAUGUUUACAGCUUUGGGAUUGUUGUUUUGGAGAUCAUAACAGGUCGACCUGUGAUUUCAGAAAUCAAUAAUGAAAGGACUCACAUAAGUCACUGGGUUAGUUCCAUGCUGUCCAGAGGUGAUAUCAAAAAUAUUGUUGAUCCGAGAUUACAAGGAGAUUUUGAUGUUAAUUCUGUAUGGAAAGCUGUAGAAGUAGCAAUGACUUGUGUGUCUCCAAGUUCCACAAGAAGGCCAACCAUGACUCAGGUAGUGGUGGACUUAAACCAAUGUUUGUCAACCAAGAGAGCCAGGACAAUGAGGGGACAUGAAAAUGAAUCACAAGACUCAAUUGGAAUGAUGACCAAGAAUUUUGGAACCAAACUUAGUCCCUUACCAAGGUGA